AUGAAGUCCCAGGAAACGAUGCUUUGCUGUUUAAUGUUAUUCCUGGCCACGGAAUGUUCUCACUAUAGAUCCAAGGUGAGCAUCAAAGAUGGAGAUAAACAUCAACAUCCUGAAGGGAAACUCAAGACUGGAACGAUACAAGAGAAAUGCCGUGGACCUUGCCUCACUGCUUCCAACUGCAGCCAGCCUUGUGCUCAGCACUUUCGUGGAGAAAUAGGAUUUACAUGUCAUCAAAACAAGUGGCAAAAGUCAACUGAAACGUGUACAAGCUUAUCUGCGGAAACAUUCUUUAAGGACUUCAAUAGUGCAUUACGCCUUUCCGUAGCCGCAGCAUCCGUCCCUCUGUACGUUCUUGACUUCCGAGCUCCAGAGCCCCUGGAGAGUGUAGCCCAAGGAAUCCGCAGGAACUGUCCAGUUGAUUACGCCUGCAUAAUUGAUGUUGUGAAAUCAUCAGAAGCCACGUCUGGAAACAUUGCAUUUAUAGUGGAGUUAUUAAGAAAUAUUUCUACGGAUUUGUCUGACAAUGUUACCCCAGAGAAGAUGAAGAGUUAUAGUGAAGUGGCCAACCACAUCCUCGAUACAGCAGCCAUUUCAAAUUGGGCUUUCAUUCCAGACAAAAAUACCAGCUCGGAUUUUUUGCAGUCAAUGAAUCUGUUUGCAAGGCAACUCCACAUCCACGAGGAUUCUGAGAACAUUGCAGAUGAACUCUUCAUUCAGACAAAGGGGUUUCACAUCAACAAUGAUACCUCAGAGAAAAAGUUCAACUUCUCCACGAGCAUGAACAAUAUGACAGAGGGUCUCAUAGGAAUGAUAGAAAUUCCCAGGCAAGAGCUGUGGAAGUUGCCACCAAAUGCAUCCCAAGCCAUUAGCAUAGCUUUUCCCACCUUGGGGGCCAUACUGAGAGAAGUCCACCUGCCGAAUGUGAGUCUUCCUAGACCUGUAAAUGGUCUCGUCCUUUCAGUGAUUUUACCAGAAAGAUUGAAGCAAGUCUUACUCACCUUCGAGAAGAUCAAUAAAUCCCAGAAUGCCCGGGCCCAGUGUGUUGGCUGGCACUCCAGGAAAAGGAGGUGGGACGAAAAUGUGUGUGAAACCACGCUGGAGAUCAUGAACAAAGUAAAAUGCCAGUGUAACUACACCGGCAUGGUGAUGUCCUUUUCCAUUCUGAUGUCCCCCAAAUCUGUUGACAGCAAAGUCUUGGACUACAUCACCUGCAUUGGGCUCAGCAUCUCCAUCUUUAGCUUGAUUCUUUGCCUGAUCAUUGAAGCCGCUGUGUGGUCCCGGGUGGUUGUGACAGAGAUAUCCUACAUGCGUCACGUGUGCAUCGUCAACAUCGCCGUGUCGCUCCUGAUUGCUAACGUGUGGUUCAUCAUAAACUCUAACUUUCACAAAAAGGCCCAGGACUCCAACUGGUGUGUUGCACUGACAUUUUUCAGCCACCUUUUCUACCUCUCUCUGUUUUUCUGGAUGUUCUUCAAAGCACUGCUUAUCGUCUAUGGGAUAUUGGUUGUUUUCCGCAGGAUGAUGAAGACCCGCAUGAUGGCCAUCGGCUUUGCCAUUGGCUACGGAUGCCCGUUGGUCAUUGCUGGCACCACAGUUGCUAUCACGGUCCCGGAGAAAGGCUACAUGAGACCCGACGCCUGCUGGCUUAACUGGGACAACACCAAAGCCCUUUUGGCAUUUGCCAUCCCAGCCUUGGUCAUUGUGGCCGUGAACCUUGCGGUGGUUUUGGUUGUUGCUGUCAACACUCAGAGGCCCUCUAUUGGCAGUUCCAAGGCUCAGGAUCUGGCCAUAAUUAUGAGGAUCAGCAAAAAUGUUGCCAUCCUUACCCCAUUGCUGGGACUGACCUGGGGUUUUGGAAUAGCCACACUUAUAGAAGGCACUUCCUUGAUAUUCCAUAUAAUCUUUGCCCUGCUCAAUGCUUUCCAGGGAUUCUUCAUCUUGCUGUUUGGAACCAUCAUGGACCACAAGAUAAGAGAUGCUUUGCGGAUGAGGAUGUCUUCACUGAAGGGGAGAUCAAGGGCGGUAGAGAAUGCAUCAUUAAGCCCAACCAAUGGAUCUAAAUUAAUGAAUCGGUGA